CCCGAGGCCUGCAUGCCCCAGGCCCGCCCGGCCCGCCGCGACCGCCAUGUCGGUGCGCACCCUUGUGUGUCCCGGCCGCACAGCGGUGCCGCGGCACUUCAGUUCCGAGCGGGCGGAAGGACAGCGGUGCGACACCUCCGCUCCGUGUCCCCGCCCGUCCCUCUCCCAUCGCCAUCCCGGUCCGUGUCCUCAUCCCCGUCCAUGUCGCGGGCGGGGAACAGUAACACUGCCGCGCUGGAGCGGGCCGGGGCGGAGACGGUGAAGCGGGCGGUGCAGCUGGACGUGGCGUCCCGGUUCCAGGAAUCGCUGGUGUGCUACCAGGAAGGCAUCGACCUCCUGCUGCAGGUGGUGAAAGCCACGACAGAUGAGGCGAAAAAGCGCCGCUACCGGCAGAAAAUAUCCGAGUACAUGACCAGAGCCGAGGACAUUAAAAAACACAUUGAGAAAGAGAAACAAGAUGGCAAAUACCAUAAGCAGAUCAGGAUAGAAGAAAAUGCAACAGGUUUUGGCUAUGAAAAGCUUUUCCACGAGUACCUCACUGAGAUUGUUUCUGAAGUUUGGGUGGAGGACCCAUACAUUCGGCAGGUUCAUCAGUUGUAUAACUUUCUACGAUUCUGCGAGAUGCUAGUUAAGGGGCCAUGCAAGGUGAGAACAAUCCACCUCCUCACUUCCUAUGAUAAGGGUGGUGGGAGUAGUCAACAGAUGGCUGCCUUGGAAGAAAUAAAACAGUCAUUAAGUAAUUAUGGAGUAACACUGAAUAUUGACUUUUCAUCUUCAAUACAUGAUCGAGAAAUCAGAUUCAACAAUGGGUGGAUGAUUAAGAUUGGAAGGGGUCUUGAUUAUUUUAAGAAACCACAGGGUCAUUUCAGCAUUGGAUACUGUGACUUCGACUUGAGACCUUGUCAUGAAACAACAGUGGAUGUCUUUCAUACUAAACACACAAAGCAAAUGUGAUCAGAAAUGACUGCUUUUAAUAAGUUUUUUCAUAAGCAUGAAAAUGUGAGACUGAAAGAUGUUGCUUGAGUCCAGCUGGUUGCUGACAGAAGCAACUCUUCUAAGUACUUAGUGCAGCAGAGCUUCUAUAAACUGUAUGUUUAAGAAUAUUUGAGACUUUCCAGUCUGAGAAAACAGAACUGCAUGAUGCCUUCAUUGUAUUUCUGUAAUCUUAGUUAAUAUAAUCCAUGUCUAAAUUUUAUCUUGAUUUCAUAACAGACCCUCAAUAGUGGCUUUCAAAAGCCUCUUUCCUGCCAUUUCUAUUUUUAUUAUUGAUUUGGUCUUGAACCUGUUUUGGAUUUUAUAUCUUUUAACUCACAAUCAUUGGAAGCUGGGUGGCCACAUGGCCUCUUUUAUAAGCAGUCUUAUUUAUUUCCUUUAAUUCCUGUAUUCUAGUCAUGAGUACUAUUUUGCUGGGUUUUUGUCAAUCCUGCAGUACUUUAUUUCCCAGACUUUACUAGUAAUCCCAAAUUUCACAUUCCAUUUUCCAAGCUCUUUGCCUACAAACAUGGUAGUGUUCAGUACAGAGUCAUUUUAGGGUUGUCUUAUGUGUCUCUGCAUAAUGGCUUUUGGACUGGGAAGGCUGCAAUCAGCUGUAUUCUCCUCUCUGUCACUCCUGUGUGUCCUUUUAUUCCAUGAUACAUGGCCAUAUACCUGAUACCCAUCCUUUGCAUUAAGUGUGGAAAGGAUGUGUGAUCCUCUCCCAGUCUUACUCUCUGACUUUAAAGUCCAAUGACUGGCUUUUCAUGCCACUCUCAACUGCAGUAAGCUAUUUCUCUGCUACUAAGGUAGUCCCCUAAAAAGAAUAAGAUUUUUCAGAAGUUGGAUACCCUGAGUAUCUCAGCUGGUCAGAGCAUGGUGUGAAUAAUGCCAAGGUCAUUGUUGUUAUUCCUGCAAGGGCCUUUCACUAAAGAGCUGGACUUGAUCCUUGUGGGUCCCUUGCAAUUCAAAAAACUGUGUGAUUCUAAGCAAUACACUGUUUAGAAUAAAAACCAAGUCUUCCAUUGUCAUUCCUUCAGCCUUUGGAAACCAGAAGGUAUUACCAGAGGUGCUGCUCUUUUUUUUUUUUCUUUCUCAUACAAGAGUCCUUUGUUAGCAAGAAUCUGCCUAAGUCAUACACUCUGACAUAAAAAACAGGCAGUGGCCUCUUUUUUAGGUCCCAUCAAAGUCUUUUCACCCUCAGGACUGACACGUGCCUUACACUUUAUGCCUUGUAAUACAGUAGGCCUCUAUAUUCUAGUAGCAUAUUUAUUGCUAGAACAUUUUUUUGUUUCCUGUAUUACUUUUCCCUGAUGGAUAGUGUAUUCCAUUGUCUUUCUUUUUUCCUUAAUGUGCUUUUUAUUUCAUUUUCUGUCAUCUAAUGCUGCUAUUCUUUUCCUCUUGUUUCUAACUGUUCCACAGCAAUCAAUAAGAAACGGAGCUGGUCUUUGCCUUGUUUUCUGGGUCAUAAUUUGCCAGUGGUCUGCCUUCUUUAUCCUUUCUCAGAGUAAUUCAGCUUUGCAGUGUUGCACCAGCAGAAUGAAUAAUAUGUGUGCCACAGAGCUGUGUGCUAUUAGUCAUUCUCCUAAACAUUCCAUAGGAGCUUCCUGGCUUGCUGCUGUGAUAUGAAGUUUCUAGUCACUUGUGAAUUUUAUUCAGUUGUGUAUAAUAUAUGCCUAUUUUUUAAUGGGAAUAAAGGUUAUUUUUUACUAUUUGUAGCUUC